AAGUCUCAGACUUGCCUAUACUCACAUUCUGCCCGUUCUGUCAUCUUUCUCCUUGCUCUAUACUAUUCGUCCCAUCGACGUCCUCAACGCAAUUCUCGAUGACUGACGACAAAUUUCGCGGCGCCGUAGUCGAAGACUUGCAGCUACCACCAGCCUUUGCCCUACCUUCAACCGAAGUCAUAUCUCGGGCCAUUGAACUUGCCUACGAACGCGAUUUCUCGCAUAUUCCUGUCCUCGACCGUGAUAGAAAGCCUCUAGGAUACUUGGAUGUGGCGAAGCUGAAGCAGGAAUGGGAAGCAGGGAAAGCUAAUCCGGAUGACCGCAUUAGCCAGUACAUGACCAAGUUCAGGCGAAAGUCGACCGAGCCGUACACUUUGAUAACACCAGCUACACCUCUUGCGGAACUCGAGGCUUUUCUCCAGGACAAUAUCUUUGCUCUAGUCACGGACUACCAGCGCAAAUUCGUACUGGGUGUUGCUACGUCCCAGGAUUUGGAGAAAUUCGUUUCACGAAGGGGUUUCUAAACGGGCGUGAAGCAUAAUGUAUUAUAUCCUAGAUAUUGUUUGUACUUCGUCCUCAUUCCUAUAUCGUUCAUGAACGAAUACGCCCAUUCAGACGCUAUUGCUGAGAGACAUCUACGAUGAAUUGAUACAGAAUAGAUUUCAUUUAUCAUGUGAACUAAGU